UCCGCCCGGGGCCCCAUGGAGCUGCGGGUCGGCAACUCCAGCUGCGAGAACGGUUCCCUGGUCAGCCUUUACUGCUCCUCCCAAGAAGUCCUGUGCCAGAUCAUCGGUGGCCUCCACCGCGAGGUGCCCAGCAAUGCCACCUCUACCAGCUGGCAGGAGAGAAUCAGGCAGAAGUACGGCUUCUACAUUGGCCUGGGCCUGGCCUUCCUGUCUACCUUCCUCAUUGGCAGCAGCGUCAUCCUCAAGAAGAAAGGCCUCCUGCGGCUUGUGGCCACGGGGGCCACUCGGGCUGUGGACGGAGGCUAUGGCUACCUGAAGGAUGCAAUGUGGUGGGCUGGAUUCCUCACCAUGGCUGCUGGAGAAGUUGCCAACUUCGGGGCCUAUGCAUUUGCACCUGCGACAGUUGUCACACCUCUGGGCGCGCUCAGUGUCCUCAUAAGUGCAAUCCUCUCCUCGUAUUUCCUGGGAGAGAGUCUGAACCUGCUGGGGAAGCUGGGCUGCACGAUCUGUGUGGCCGGCAGCACAGUGAUGGUGAUCCACGCCCCUGAGGAAGAGAAAGUCACCACCAUCAUGGAGAUGGCUUCCAAGAUGAAAGACACAGGGUUCAUCGUGUUUGCUGUGCUCCUGCUGGUGUCCUGUCUCAUCCUCAUCUUUGUCAUCGCCCCACGUUAUGGGCAAAGGAAUAUCCUCAUUUACAUCAUCAUCUGCUCCGUAAUCGGGGCCUUCUCCGUGACUGCCGUCAAGGGUCUGGGCAUCACCAUUAGGAACUUCUUCCAGGGGUUGCCCGUCGUGCGGCACCCCCUCCCCUACAUCCUGUCCCUCAUCCUGGCACUUACCCUCAGCACUCAGGUCAACUUCCUCAACAGGGCACUGGACAUUUUUAAUACCUCCCUGGUGUUCCCCAUCUACUACGUGUUCUUCACCACGGUGGUCCUGACCUCUUCCAUCAUCCUCUUCAAGGAGUGGUACAGCAUGUCUGCCGUGGACAUUGUGGGCACCCUCUCUGGCUUUGUCACCAUUAUCCUGGGGGUGUUCAUGCUUCAUGCUUUCAAAGACCUGGAUGUUGGCCAGACCAGCUUGCCCCACAUGCACAAAAACCCAACCCCAACUCCCACCCCACAGCCCACUGUCAUUAGACUGGAAGACAAGAAUGUCCUUGUGGACAACAUAGAACUUGCUGGCACCCCUUCACCAGAAGAGAAGCCCAAAGUAUUUAUAAUCCAUUCUUAAAGCUUGGAAUGACUGAGGGAGGGGAUGAGCCCACCGGUGCAGCCUGACCUCUCAGUUUCAAAACUAUCUGGUUAUUUUCAGCACCACUUGUUACCAGUGGGCUCUCUUUUCUUGAGAUGUUUAUUUAUACCUCAU